AUGUCUUUAGCCCAGGCACCAGAAGAGCUUCAAAAGAAAUUCAUCGAGCUUGGCUUCAAGAAAAUGUGGAUCAACAAGGAGUUCCAAAAGUUUUCGAAAACUUUCGAGGGUAAAAUCGACGAAAAUGAUCUAUCAGUGCCGACUAAGGAUUUUAUCGCGUCGAUCGGAGCUGAUCAAGUCGAGGCGAAAGUCUUUCAGUUCCUCUUCGAUGGCAAUAGCGAUGGAAAAGUUGCUUUCGACGAGGUUCUUCAGGCGUAUGGCUUUAUGGAAACCGAUGAUAUGGAAGUUCAAGCCAAACUUUUCUUCGGCCUCAUCGACAAAGACGGCAACGGAAUGCUCUCAAGAAUCGAGAUGAAACAAUUUCUCGCUAUUCAUCAUCUCAACGACGGAUCUAUAAAUCCUCAUUAUCGACAAUAA